AUGCAAGAAAUCCACAUCGACCUAUUCUUCAAUGUUUUAAAGGGAAGCGCACUUGCGCUUUUGGUUAUUUGGACUAUUGCUGCCAAUACGCUUGUGUUUGUCGUACUCUAUAAAAAUCCACAUCUCCAAACUGUACCUAAUCUACUGGUUGCCAAUCUCGCUUUCAGUGAUCUGUGCCUUGGAGUCAUCGUGCUGCCUCUGUCAUCGAUCUAUGCGAUCGCAAAUGAAUGGCUUUUCACAUCGACGCUUUGCGUCGUUUUUGUAUCAGCAGAUAUCUUGUGCUCCACAGCUUCUAUCUGGAAUUUAUCCAUUGUUGGUCUAGAUCGUUAUUGGGCUAUAACUACUCCAAUGACUUACAUGGCUAAGCGCAAUAAACGUACAGCAAUUUUUCUAAUUUUAUAUUUCUUGAACCCAAGGCUGGAAAUUACCGAAUUCACAAGUACAGCCUAUGCAACUUCCCGGAUCCUCUACAAGUUCGAAAUUCAUGAGGCAAAAGAAUAUAGGUUGACGAAAGUCAGGCGGACUAAUAAAGUUGCGGAACGAGGUAACAUGAUAAGAAUGAACGGUACGUGGCAAUGCGUAUUUUUGGAUUUACCGUCAUAUACUAUUUACAGUGCAACCGGAUCAUUUUUUAUACCUUUAUUUGUUAUGUUCUUUGUAUACUAUAAAAUUUAUCAGACAUUUGCUAAACAUCGUGCUCGUCAACUAUACAGACAACAGGUAAUUAAGAAGCAUAUUGAAUCAACGAUUUUACAUGAACUGAGUCAUGUUUUACUUACCGACGAUAAAUUUGCUGAAGAAAUGGAGGAAAAUGAAGAAAAAGAAAGCAAUUCCACUCCGAAUGUUUGCAAAGAACAGUUUGUUCGACCAAUAUGCAAGGAAUGUAAAGAAUGCGUUGGUGACGCAACAAACAAAUUCAGUCCUGGAAAAAUGCGCAUCAUCAGAAUUGAUGCCGAAUCAAGAAAACGGAAAUUUAUGGGAGGUACAAAAUGUCAUGAAGACCGGGGAAGAGCAACAAUAAUAGCAGAAGUGGCAGCGAGAAUCACCAAAACAAAUAGUGAUACUACGAUUGUAUUCCAAAAUAACACAACGAAAUCAGUGAAAUGCUGCCAUUGCGGUAAAACCGGCGUAGGCAAAAUGCAUUUGGUACAAUCUUCUAAAACGGCAUUAAGCCAAAACGCAUUUUACAAGAGGCGACAUCACCUGAAAAGACAAAAAAAUGCGCGAGUUGUUUUGCAACAUAAACCAAAAAAUAUUUCGACCGCCAAAGAACGUCGAGGUGUGAAAGUUUUCGGUAUUAUUUUAGGUUGUUUUGCAAUUUGUUGGACACCGUUUUUCAUAAUGUAUGUAGUGGUGCAGUUCUGUUCAUCGUGUCAAAUUGAUCCGCACAUAUGGAUGUUCAUCACUUGGUUAGGGUACAGCAAUUCGGCAAUGAAUCCAAUCAUUUAUACGGUUUUCAAUCACGAUUAUCAGAACGCUCUGAAGGGGCUACUUCGCAGAAGUAAGCAACAAACAGUGCAUGUUAAGCGAUAA